UUUGGGAAGCCCCGCCCACUCCCUGUUACCCAGAAUCCGGUGCAGCCUUGUCUCGAUGUGAUUCAAAUGCAGCCGAUUCAGCUCAAGCCCGUCUUUGACUGUCCGACAUGGGCAGGGAAGCCUCCACCAGGACUUCAUUUGGAUGUUGUGAAAGGAGACAAACUCGUAGAGAAACUCAUCAUUGAUGAGAAAAAAUACUACCUCUUUGGAAGAAACCCUGACAUUUGUGAUUUUACCAUUGACCAUCAAUCAUGUUCAAGAGUCCAUGCUGCGUUGGUCUAUCACAAACAUUUAAAAAGAGUUUUCAUCAUUGACUUGAACAGCACUCAUGGUACAUAUCUGGGGCGUCUUCGUUUGGAGCCUCACAAACCACAGCAGGUUCCCAUUGAUUCCACGUUGUCAUUUGGAGCCUCAACACGAGCAUAUACACUACGUGAAAAACCACAGACAGCGCCAUCCACAAUCAAGGGUGAUGAAAUUGCCGUGGAAGAUGAUGAACUGAAGGGACUGCUGGGCUUACCUGAAGAGGAGACGGAACUCGAUAAUUUGACAGAAUUCAACACAGCUCAUAACAAAAGAAUAUCUACACUAACAAUUGAAGAAGGAAAUCUGGAAAUACAGAGGCCAAAACGUAAAAGAAAGAGCUACCGUGUAUCGUUCAGCGAUGAUGAGGAGAUAAUAAAUCCGGAGGAUGUUGAUCCUUCAGUGGGUCGCUUCAGAAAUAUGGUUCAAACAGCAGUGGUGCCACUCAAGAAAAAGAAGACCGAGAGUCCCAGUUCACUAGGUCUGGAAGAUGGAAUUGCUAGGCGUAUGCAGAAUUUCCCAUUCAAUGCUGGUUUAUAUGGUGGCCUCCCCCCAACUAGUGGUGAUUCUUCUUCUCAGCUACAUGGUAAUACGAUGGGAACUGCAAUGCUAGGAGGACUUCCUAUGCCAUUCCCAAAUCCAGCUCCAGAAGUGGACUUGGCACCAGCAGUUGUACCAGCAACUGUGACUAUAAACCCUGUUCCCAACACUGGCGUGUUCAAUGCAGAAUCCAUUAAUGAGCCGAAGAAAAAGAAAUACGCCAAGGAGGCCUGGCCUGGCAAGAAGCCUACUCCAUCGUUGCUUAUUUGAUCAUCUGUUUGUGUUUUUUUUCAAGAAAAAUAAAGUCACCUAGGAUUUGAGGACCGAGAGGGGCUUUCUUUUAAUUCUGUUAAUAUGCCUAAAAUUUAUAUGAGCUUUGUACAGAUGUUUGUACAGUUGUGUAAUAGAUUCACAGCCUUUCAACAUUUAUUGUUACUGCUUUUUACCUGAACCUGUAUUUCAGUGUAAAUUACGUACAGCAUUGCCAGUUGUUGGACUAAAAUCACAAACUAUUUUUCUGCCACAUGUGCUUUGUUUCACUGAGUAGAAUUGUACGAGGGGGCUCUACAUUUUUAAAUUGGGCUUUUUAGAUGAGUAAGGAAAGCAGAGCACUGACAUUACCUGUGCACUGUUAAUAAUUGAAGCAAGUCAUUUAUUACUGCUUAGACACACCAUGAAACUGUAAUUUUCCCGCUCCCAGGAUUUCGUAAAGGAAAAUUGCAGCACUUAGCGUAUUACACUUGCGUGUGGUAAGUGUAAAAAAAAGUUGUGGCAAGUCAAAUUACUUUCCUUUUUUUUCAUUUACUUCAGAGUUAGUGAAUAAUCUUUAAUUGGUUUCCACAAGUACGAUUUGGCAAAUUUUGAUCAUUGCAUGUCUCGGAUAUGCAAUAAAACUGGUUGGUUACGUUAUUUUGUAGCCACCAACUUUCACAACAUCAUUUUUCAAAUUACUUUGAAGAAAAAUCCAUUGUUAAGUCAGGUAAUUUUCUUUGAAGCUUUAUUUUUUAACUUUACGCUUGUGAAAUGAAGCCAUUAUGAACAUAUUUGUCUUUAUUAUGGAAGUUGGGUGUAAAAUUAAAACCAGUCAAAUGUUUAAAGACAAAAGUCCUACAGACAUUACCUGCAUUGGUGUGUGCUAAAAGGUCUGUCAUUACAUUCAAACUGCAGCUGUUUAAUUACCUUUCGGCUAUCGCCAGUGUGCCUUGUUGUGUUGAAGGAUGAUGAAUUAACCUGAGGAUAUCGUUCAGUUUUGGUGUUUUGUGUGUGACUGAGGAUGUAUUGCUUGUUUUUUUUUCCUCAUUGAUUUUAAAAUCAAUUUGUAUGAAAUACAAAUACAGAUCACAUGGUUGGAGGUCUAAAGUACUUUAUAGCGACAGGUUAUUAUCUAGGCUGAUGUUCUGUGGGGAAUGCUAUUACCAUUAAAAGUACAAUUGUUAUGAUGGAAUAUUAAACCAUGUUUUUCUCAAGUGUGUACAGAAAAACCCAUUUUACUAUUCCAAAAAGCAUAGGGGAGCUGGUGUUCUGGCAAGCAGUUAAUCGGAAACAUUAUUUGGACACUUAUUUCAUGUCGUAUUUUACAGGAGCUUGCAGUCAAUUAAUUGUUUCCUACGUCUGGAGUUCUGAAUUGAAUAAUUAACUGUAAAUGCUUUGGGCCUUUGAAAGAUCAUCAGUAAAGUUGUAUAAGUUCUUAGCAAAUUUUUGCAUUAUUUUAGGGUUGUUCUAAUAUAAAACUGCAAAGUAGUCAACUAGUGCAUUAUAGUGUCAGCCUUUCUAAAAGAUUUAGGGUAAGAAAAGAAAUAGAUUAUUGAAUCAAAUAUUUGGUUCCUUUUUUAAAAUAGUAAUGUCAAUAAUUUUGGUAUUAACCUUAAAAUCUGACCACCUCUAUCAGCAUGUUAAUAACUAUAGUUAAAAUAAAAAUUGCAAUAGAACUAUAAAUGUACAACUUCAAAGCUAGGAAUACAAACCAGGUCAGUCAGCAUAACUUUUUAUAAUUAAGGCAGGUUAAUGUUUCUGGUAGAACCCUUACAUGCUGUUGAUUCUGUGCAUUACCAAUCCUUUAAGCUUCAAUUUUCCAUUAUGAUUAAUCAUGUCAUGCUCAAACUGUUUGAAAUUCAUCUCCAUAGAGCCCAUAAGUCAUUAAACCCCCAGUUGGUAAUACAUUCUAGUGAUUUACAUCAGGUUGCUAAGAAGUCUAUCACUAGUCAGCACGGAGUUUGCACCUUGUUUUCCUGAAGAAUGGACUUUUAAGAUGUGCCUUGUCGCUGCAGAAGUUUUGACAUACAGACUUCUUGACAAAUUGUAUCAAAGACAUUGAAACUUGCUGUUUGACACAGGUACAGGAUGAGUUGUUCCCCUCAAGUCCAAUGUUUAUUUUGGGGGACUGUAUUAUGGGAACAAUUAAUUCUACUUGAAAUUACCAGGUAAUUUUUUGUUAACAUUAUAGUCCUGCAUUUUUGAGACACAUUUUUCAAAAAGUGCAAAGUUACUCAAAGAACUCCUUUAUCCAAGAUAUCAAUAAAUUUGUAAAGGUAUGAAUUUUUACAUUCUGUUAAUGUCAUAUUUUAAUACUAUUGUUCACACAUACCACCCCCAUCCCAGAUUACUUGACUUCCUGAUGGUUUUCUGGAUAAUUCACUGGACUGAGCAGAACCUGCUAGAGCACUGUGCUCGACUUUUCUACAGUUGGCUAAACCAGCUUAAAAAUAGACGAGGAUAACAUACACAAUCUGCAGUUCUUUCACCUGAAAUCUCAAAAGCCCAUAGCGUACAAAUUAAUGAAAUUUAAUAGUGAUGUAAAGAAAAUUCAACAGCCAAGAGUCAAAAAGAUUAGAAAUAAGCCUCUUUUGUGGCAGGCAAAAAUAUCUGAAAGGGAUUGUUUUCCCUGCUUUUUUUCACCUGUUCAAUCCAGUGCUUGUGAUUCAUAAAGUAUUUAAGGAUCAACCCAUGAUUUUUUUGCAAACUGUCUUAAGUAUGAAACACCUACAGUGCUAGUUUUGAGAUUCUGAAUGAGUGAAAUAAAAUGGUGCAGAAUGCACUAGCGAUGGGCAACGUGAAGGUUGACCCAAGGUUGCAAGUCUGGAUUAACUGCAGCAAAAAUUAACCUGUGCAUUUAGAUGUGAAUCGUUUGAAAGGAAAUGAGGAUACAUGAUAAAACCAAAUGUACACAUUGCUUUAGUAUAGUUUUUGUCUGUAUUGUUACUUCGUUUGCUUUUGUAUUUUUAUGACCAAAUCCUAUUUUUAGACAAACCUGCAAAUACACAUACUACAUCACCUUCAAUGUUUUUCAGUCCUCAAAAUCAGUAUGGCAGCUUAUGUGAUCGCAAACACUGUUUUGAGUUUGUGGAGUUUUUUUAUAGUAAGUAUUAUAGGUUCUCCUUUGAAAGUGUAAGCUACAACAUGGAAUCAUCACCUUUUGUUUAUCAACAGACUUGUAAUUGGUGGAGACUUUAAAGUUCUAAAAAUAAAUGUCAUGUUUUAUGUAAAA